GGGAUGGGAAGAGGGAUACUUAAAUCCUAGUUAAGUUUGCUUCUUCUUCUUUACUUGUUUCUGAUAUUUAUUUGGGAGCGAAGGUCGGAAGUCGGAACGGAGCUCCCGUCUGGGUUCUUAGUCUUUCCUUUUUUUUUUCUUCUUCUUCUUCUCGUAUUUAACGCAAUCGAUGAUCCUGAAAACCUUGAUUUAAAAACCCUAGCUGCGGAGUUGGUCGGUUGGUAGGCCCAAUCGAUUUCUAGAUCGUGCUUUGAAAGCUCUGAUCCAGCCUUCCGUUUCCCCAUUUCUCGCGCUUGAAGAUGGUGUCUGCUAAUCGGGAAAUGGCUGUUUUUUGCUUCGACACGCUUGUCGCUCAUUACAACAGUGAACAAGCACCUCCGCCGGCUUUUGAUGAGGGCCAACACCCAUUGUUUGUCACUUGGAAGAAAGUAUUGAAUGGUGGAGAGCCUCGCCUGCGUGGAUGUAUUGGAACUUUAGAAGCGCGUUGUUUGAUUAAUGGGUUCAGAGAUUAUGCUCUAACCAGCGCUCUAAGGGACCGUCGAUUUCCUCCCAUCCAGGCUAAAGAAUUGCCCUUUUUGGAAUGUACAGUUUCUGUUCUGACAAAUUAUGAAAAUGCUCUGCACUACCUUGAUUGGGAGAUAGGGAAGCAUGGCAUAAUUAUUGAGUUUACUGACCCUGACUAUAAUACACGACGAAGUGCAACAUAUUUGCCUGAGGUUGCUGCUCACGAAGGGUGGACAAAGAUGGAGUCAAUUGACUCACUGAUGCGCAAGGCGGGUUAUAAUGGUGCAAUCACCGAGUCACUCCGGAAGAGGAUCUCCCUGACUCGUUACCAGAGCACGAUCUACACCAUGCAUUACAGUGACUACGCCGCUUAUGUGAAGAAAAACAGAGGGGAGGCCCCUGCAAUUGCUGGGGGGAAGCCCAACAAUCAUUGAUUAACAUGAAACAGCUCUCAUUAAGACAGAUUAUGAACAGUUGGGUUUGGGAAGAAUUUGUGCAAGUGUUCCAGCCCAUCUUCUUAAAUCAUUGUCAUACUGUGUCCAUUAUUCUUCAAAUUCAUUUGAUUUGAAGAUUAAAUUGUUGUGUUCAAUUUAUGAAUUCCCUAAUGAUAUUCAGUCAGCCCUCAGACUUAAAUUUCUUUUAGACUGAGCUUAAUGUAAAUUGGUCCGUCGCAGUUCCUAGUGUUUUCUUGAAAAA